AUGACUACAACACAAAUGAAUACAACAAAAAAAAUAGCAUCUCGUGAUGUGAAUUACCAUUUGCUUGUCCAAGCAAGUUCUACAGAAUUUACUGAGAAGGGAAUUAGAAAUAUUUUUGAAAAAUAUGGCAAAAUAAAAAACUUUAUACCAAUUUCAUAUGGAAAGAAAGCUCAAUUAACUUAUGAAAAUUUUUCUGAGGCAGUUGCAGCUCUUCAAGGUGUCCAUGAUAAACCACCAUUAAAAUUACAAGUUGAUUAUUAUAAAAAAGACGAUGAUUUUAUAUCACGUUAUGAAUAUACUCAUUGUCGAAUAACUGCAGUUGAUCCAAUUAAACGUAUGUAUCGUGUACGACGAGUCAAGGACGAAAAAGAUUAUAAAAAAUUUCAAGAAAAGCUACAAGAAGCAUCAAAUAAAUGCUCAGAAACAAUUGAUGUUGAUAAACUUGUUGUUGGUAAUGUUUAUUCCAUCAUGUAUUGUGGAGUUUGGAAAAGAGGUAAAAUAUCAUCAAUUAAUCCAAUUAGAAUUGAUUUGAUGGAUGAUGGAGAAACAUUAAAGUCAACAGUACAAAUAACUAGCUAUAAAAAAAUUGGUAAAUUAGAAGAUCGUCGAUUUUCAGGAUGUCUUAAGAUGAAAGACAGUCCAGAUAAUGAAAAUAAAGAUUUACGUACUGGAAGUUAUGUUGAAGUAAGAAUGAUUGGAAAGCAUGAAAAUAUGAAUUAUGUUGUUAGAAAAAGUGAUGAAAUAAUGGACAAUAAUAUAAAUAAUAAAAGUACUAGUUCAAUAGAAAAUAUCAAAACUAGUACUCAAAAAGAUAAUGUUGAAAGUAAGUCAAAUAAAUCAACAGAUAUUUUACCAAGUGAUAUAUGUAUUUUCGAUUCAUUUGAACCUGAAAGUUCAAUUGAAAUUUCAAUAAGUGGCCAAAUAGACUCAACAACAGCAACUGCAGCAGUAUUUUUAUAUACUGUCAAAGAACCAUUUCAAUUAUUGGAUAAAUUAAAUGAACAUUGUAAUCAACUUGUGCAGAGUUAUAAUAAUUAUAAACCAAGUAUUAAUGAAUAUAUUUGUUUUAAACAAAGUGGUCAUAUAAAUUGGUACAGAGGAAUUGUUUUAUCAGCAGGAGAAUCAAUAAAAGUUGCCUCACUUGAUCAAGGUAUUGAAACAACAGCUCAUAAAAUUAUACCAGUUCCAGAUAUGUUUAAAAACAUUCCAGCACUAGCAGUACAAAUAAAAACUCAUGAUAAAUUUCCAUAUUCAAUUGGUAAUUCAGCUAACUUGAUCAUUUGUGAUAUUGAUAAAGAAUUAAAAACAGUUUUUGCUAGAUUUAAAAAUUUUAAAAUUAAUUCAGAAGUAAAAAUAACUCAGUGGACACCUUGGAUAAAUAAUGAAAAAUCUAUUGAAGAUGUUGUUAUAGUGCAUGAAAAAUUACCAACAGCUAUAAUUAAUUCUUUAAAUGCACCAAGAGAUGAAAACGUUAAUUCAACUAUUGUAGAAAAAGAAAAUAUUGUCAUUCCAGUAAUUGAAAAAUGUAGUUCAACUGUUAAUGAAAAUCCUGCUCCAAAAAUUGAUAAAAAAAUUAUAAUUAAAGAUUUUGAUUUAAAAAAUAACAGUCAGGUUGUUGUGCAAUCGUAUCUUGGCCCUUCAGUUAUUUGUAUAGCAGGCAUGGGAAAUGAUGAUGUUAAACUUAAGCAAACUUUUGACCAAGAAAUAUGUGAUACUGUUAAGACGAGUGAAUUAAUUGAUAAUCCAAAUGUUGGUGAUUAUGUAUUAGCUCGUUACAAUGGUAAUAAUUAUUAUCGUGCAAAAGUACUUUCAAUUUGUGAUAAAAAAAUAGUUGCCGAUUUCAUUGAUUUUGGUGUAAUUGAAAUAAUUAAACCUGGUAAUAUAAAAAAAAUGUCUGAGUCAUUGAUGAAAUAUCCUUCAUUGAUGAAACAAGUUACAUUAAAAAAUGUCGAUAAUAAUCCACCAACAAAAGAAGCUGCUAAUUAUAUUAAAACACUUUUUGCCACAGAGGAAAUAUUAAUUUGCAGUUUUGAUGAUAAUUUGCCAGACAAAGUUGAGCUUAAAACUCUUGACAAUAAAUCAGUUAAUGAUGAAAUUAAUAAAUUAUUGAAAAAGUUUGAUGACGAAAAAAUUAUUCCUAUUAUACCAAAACCAAAACCUCAAUUAAGACUAAAUAAUAUAAAACGUGAAGAACUAAAUGGUAUUGCUGCAAGAAAAAAUACUAAUAAAAUUGAAUCAUCAAAAAUAAUAGAAGAAACAUCACAAUCUGAAUUAGCUGGGACAAAAUCAACAGAAGAAUUAUCAUUAAAAAGAAAAUUAACAACAGAAACAUCAUCAAAUACAAUAUCAUCAACAGAAAAAAAAGCAAAAUUAACAACAGAAACAUCAUCAGAUACAAUAUCAUCAACAGAAACAACAGAAAAAAAAAUAAAAUUAACAGAAUCAUCAAAAAAACCUGAAUCAAUUGAUAACGAACAAAGAUCUUCAAGAAAAUCAUCAAAAGAGAAAUCACCAGAAUCAAAAAUAUCGUCAUCAUCAUCAACAGCAACAACAACAACAACAACAACAUCAAGUUUAAAAAAAAGAGAUAUUCCUCCAACAAAACCAUACAGAUCAUAUCCAAGAUGUACAGAAAUUUAUUGUUCUCAUUGCAAGAAUUUUACUCAUUAUACAGAAGAUUGUCGUGUUUUGAAGAGAAAAAGGAAUCAUCUUCCUCGAAGAUUAGAAAAUAAUUACGACUCAUCAAGAUAUGAUGAUUAUCGUUUUGCUGAUUCACGAAAUCACGUAUCAAUUCGAAGAUCAAAUUUUGAUAAUCCAAGACAUGGUCGAGUUGGACACUACUUUGAUGAGUAGUAGACUAUUCACUUAGAUUAACAUUUUUUUUAACAAAUAAUUUAAUAGAAUUUAUCGAGUAAGUUAUUUUUUUUUUUAUUUUUUUAGAGCUUAUUAUUGUUGUGAGUACAUAAACAAAAAAAUUUAGUGUAUUUAUAUGUUAGAAGAUUCUUUUUUAAUUCCAACGAUUGACCUUGCAUAGACAUGUUGUCAUUGCUUCAAUUAAAAAUUCAAUUUACACAAGAGGAUAUUAAUCACUAGAAUAAAAAAUUUAAGCGGGCCAAGUUGUAAAAAAAUUGUUGAACGAAUAUU